AUGUCCUUCUCAAAUGAAGAAUGGGAGGAGGUCUCCCAAGGCAUUCCCUCAAAAGAGGAUCCCUUCCUCCAAAAGUAUCUCGCCGGGAGGAGUAGCUUGAUGGAACAGGAGAAGACCUCACGCUCUGAUGCCUCGUUCCGCGCUUCCCUUUCACCAAUUGCCAAACGGGCAUGUACUAUUGUCGACCGCAUCAAGGAGAUGGAGAAGCAGACGGUAUGGACAGCCAGUGUGGAGGAAGAGAUGGCUCAAACCCAGCACGAGCGCAUCUUCCCUGGCAUGAUGUUCAUGUUUGCCAAAGAUCGCAUGGAGAGCACUGCGCUUUGGAAGAUUAUCCGCCGGAUGCCCAAGGGCUCUCUGCUUCACGCACAUAUGGACGCCAUGGUCGACUUUGACUUCCUUCUGGAUUUCAUGUUGCAAACCCCCGGCAUGCACAUGUCCAGUGACCGUGGCAUCACCAGCCAGGGCGCCAAGGACGACGCAGGCCUUUUGUUUCGCUAUAGAGCAAAGGAGAACAGCGAAGGUUCCCCAUGGACCGAAGAUUACAAGCCAGGCACCUUUAUUCUUCUCACGCAUGCGGCUGAUGCAUUCCCCGAGGGAGGCCGGGCGGGUUUCCUCAAAUGGUUGAAAAGCCGUUGCACCUUGGGUUUGGUGGAUAGCCACGAGCAUCACCAUGGACUCGAUGCCAUUUGGGAUAAGUUUGGGAAGUGCUUCGUCGUAGUGGACUCCAUCAUCCAUUACGAGCCUAUUUACCGUGCCUUCCUUCGACGUCUUAUGAGUGUUCUGAAGAACGAUGGAGUAAACUGGGCUGAACUACGGUUCACUUGGUCGCUAAACUACUGUCGCGACCGCCAAGAGGAACCAGAGAAGGACUAUACUCAUAUGUUCCAGGUUAUCGAAGAAGAGGUUGCCCGAUUCAAGGCUUCUCCAGAAGGUGAAGGCUUCUGGGGACUCACCACCAUCUGGACUAGCCUACGAAGCAACCCAACCCGGCCUUUGGUAGAAAGCAUGGACCAUUGUAUCACCACAAAAAUUCAAUUUCCUCAUCUCAUCGCUGGAUACGACGUGGUAGGCUUCGAAGACUUCGGUCGGCCACUUGUUGAUCUGCUGCCUGAGCUAUUCUGGUUCCGCAAGCAAUGCGCUGAGGAAGGGGUCAACCUACCGUUUUUCUUCCAUGCCGGAGAAACACUUGGUGAUGGAACCGCAACUGACUCAAACUUGUACGAUGCCAUUCUUCUUGGUACCCGGAGGAUUGGACAUGCCUACAGUCUCUACAAGCACCCACUGCUUAUCGACAUGGUCAAGGAGAAGCGUAUUUUGAUCGAGUCGUGCCCGAUUUCCAAUGAGGUUCUUCGUCUAUGCGCCUCCAUCACAUCGCACCCACUUCCCGCACUGCUAGCCCGCGGGGUUCCCUGCAGCUUAUGCAAUGAUGACCCGGCCAUGUUAGGUCAGGACACGUCCGGUAUGUCCCACGACUUUUGGCAAGCUCUUCAGGGAUGGGACAACUUGGGACUCGCGGGCCUGGGCAGCUUGGCGGAGAACAGCGUUCGAUGGUCCGCGUUUGAGGACGAGGGCCAAGCUGAAUGGAUCAAGGGGGUUAAGGAGGCGAGCUUGGGUGACGGGAUCAAGGCGAAGAGGAUCAAGGAGUGGCAGGUGGAGUGGGAGAAGUUCUGCCUCUGGAUUGUAACCGAGUAUGGGGAGGAGUUUGAUCCAGACGUGGCCGUUUCUAAACCAGUCGAUGAAGAGUCAGCAAUAUAA